UGUGAAUGUUUAUUUCAAGUUUGGUUAGUUUAUUUGCUUAAAAUGCCAGCCUAUAUUUAUAAUUGUGCUUCCCCUAUGUUUCAUUUUUUUAUAAUGAUUGAACGUGUUUUGGCUACUGUUUAUGCUAAAAUUUAUGAAAAUCAAGGCAAAAUUUUGGUGUUAUCAGUACAAUUCUUGUGUGGGGGAUAA